CUGGGCCUGCUGUGGCGGCCUCACUUAGACUUCGAGCCGAUGCUGCAGAGUAGGUUGGCGCUCGCCGAGGCGGCGUGUACGUCGGUGGUUGGGCUCAUCGUACUUGGGCAGUUCCCCCUGUCCGUUGCCCUAGAGGCCUUCCACGCCAAGGUGGACAGCACGUUGUGCUUCUCGCGCUGGCUGUGGUGCAUUGCUCCUGGUGCUCUCCACGCGCUUGACGAGGCCUACGAGAGGUGGGCAGAGGCCUUCCUGGGGGGCGCGUCGUGGAGGAACUCUGGUGUGGCAGCGCUGGAGAUGGGGCUGUCCCUCGGUGGCGGCGCACAAGCCGUCCUGGAUCUGUGUCGCAGGCGGGCCCGGCUCCACCUCCUGCCGGAAAACGAUUUCUAUCGGUGCGCAUUCUUGCGCGGCGCGGCGGGCGGUGCUCAGUGUUGGGCAGUGCGGAGCAGCGAUUUACUCCGGGUGUACGGGGUGCCCGACUGGCCGCAGUGGGCAGUUCCAGGUGCCCAGCUGGACGAUUACAUUGCCCAAUGCAAAUCCGUGCUGGCCGCGCGCUGCCGCGCGGAAUGGGCCUCUGCUGCCGUGCGCCACGUGGACCCG